UCAGGAUGCCCUCAUGAUAGCAGAAAUGGAACCUGCACAGGGCCGUGUGGUCUUUGAGGAUGUGGCCAUAUAUUUCUCCCAGGAGGAGUGGGGGCAUCUUGAUGAGGCUCAGAGAUCACUGUACCGAGAUGUGAUGCUGGACAACAUGGCACUUUUGUCCUCGCUGGGUUGUUGGCAAGGAGCCCAGGAUGUGGAGGCACCUUCUUCAGAGCAAGGUGUUUCUAUAGGAAUGUCACAGGUCACAACUCCAGUGCCCCAUGUAUCUACCCGGAGGAUCCAGUCCAGUGAGACGUGUGACCCACUCUUGAAAGACAUUUUGUGCCUGGUUGAGCACAGUGGAAUACUUCCUGAGCAAGAGAUGUAUAUUUGUGAGGCAGAGCCUUUUCAGCACCAAAAGCAGAAGAUUGGAGAGAAUCUUUCCAGAAGGGGGGAUGAUUGGAGACCUUCAUUUGAAAAGAACCACAGAGUUCCCAUGGCAGAGAAGACCUUCACCCGCAGUGAGGGUUGGAAGGACUUGCCGGCCACCUCUGUCCUUCUCCAGCACCAGCCCCCUCAAAGUGGGUGGAAGCCUUUCAGGGACACAGAGGACAGGGAAUUCUUUCAAACUGGACAAAAUGAUUACAAAUGCAGUGAAUGUGGGAAAACCUUCAACUUCAGUCAUUCACUUGUCGAACACCAGAAAAUCCACACAAAAGAAAGGCCUUAUGAGUGCAACAAAUGUGGGAAACUCUUUAGAUAUGGUGCCAACUUCAUGAAACAUCAGACAGUUCACAGUGGUGAAAGGACUUAUGAGUGCAGAGAAUGUGGAAAAUCUUUUAUGUACAAUUAUAGACUCAUGAGACAUAAGAGAGUACACACUGGAGAAAGGCCUUAUGAGUGUGACAUAUGUGGGAAAUUCUUUAGGUACAGCUCUACAUUUGUUAGACAUCAGAGAGUUCACACCGGAGAAAGGCCUUAUGAGUGCAGAGAAUGUGGGAAAUUCUUUAUGGACAGUUCCACACUCAUUAGACAUCAGAGAGUUCACACUGGAGAAAGACCUUAUGAAUGCAGUGAAUGUGGGAAAUUCUUCAGGUAUAUCUCCACACUCAUUAGACAUCAGAGAAUUCACAGUGGGGAAAGACCUUAUGAGUGCAGCAUCUGUGGGGAAUUCUUUAGGUAUAACUCCAGCCUCAUUAAACAUUGGAGAAUUCACACUGGAGAAAGGCCUUAUAAGUGCAGCGAAUGUGGGAAAUCCUUUAGGUACCACUGCAAACUUAUUAGACAUCAGAGAGUUCACACUGGAGAAAGGCCUUAUGAAUGUAGUGAAUGUGGAAAAUUCUUUCGGUACAACUCCAACCUCAUUAAACAUUGGAGAAAUCACACUGGAGAAAGGCCUUAUGAGUGCAGAGAAUGUGGGAAAGCCUUUAGCCACAAACAUAUACUUGAUGAGCACCAGAAGAUUCACAGUGGAGAAAGACCUUAUGAGUGCAGUGAAUGCCAGAAAGCCUUCAUUAGAAAGUCUCACCUGGUUCAUCACCAGAAAAUCCACAAUGAAGACAGGCUUCUGUGCUCCAUGAAUGUGGGGAGUUCUUUAGGUACAACUCCAGCCCCAUUAAAUAUCAGAGAUUUCACAAUGGAGAAAAUUUGCCAGUAACCAUUUUAAUUAGAUAUUUCAGUAAUGCUGUAUAAAUUCACAUUUUUAUGCAACUUAUCUCAAGAACUUGUCUUGGAAAAGUGAAACUCUAUAGCCAGUAAAUGACAACUCUUCAUCCCCCUUUGUUACUGUUCUUGGCAACUAUGCGACUACGUUUCUACACUCUGUA